AUGUCAUGGAUUGUUGAGAACGUUGUCAACCUCAAUAACUGGCGGCAUGGAGUGCCAAAAAUCAAGGCCAAUCUCAAGAAAGAUGAUAACCCGCUUCGAAUUGGUGUGCUCUCAGCAGCAGCAAUCAAUGGUGUUGCCAUCCUAGAUCCCGUCCAGACCCAUCCUGGAAGCAUCAUAAGUGCGAUCGCAGCCCGCGAUAUAUCCAGAGCUCAGGCACAAAUUGACGCAUGCAAGUUUGGCAAAGAAUGCAAAGCAUAUGGGUCGUACGCCGAACUUCUUGGAGAUCCAAACAUCGAAGCCGUGUACAUCCCUUUGCCAAAUGGUCUCCACGCAGAGUGGACAAUCAAGGCCUUGGAAGCUGGCAAACAUGUCCUAGUCGAAAAACCGAUCGCAGCCAAUGCUGAGGAGGUCCGGAAGAUUGGAGAGACAGCAGCGCGAACCAACAAAUUUGCUGUCGAGGCCUUUCACUGGCGUUUCCAUCCCGCCGCUCACGCCGUUAAAGACAUGGUCGAGAGUGGCAAAUAUGGCAAUGUUACCUCGGUCUUUGCCCAAAUGAAAAUACCACGCGGUGGCGUCGGGAAGACUGACAUUCGUUACGACUAUGCUUUGGGCGGUGGAUCAAGCAUGGAUUUGGCAUAUGUUUUCUCGGCGUGUUGUUAUUUUGCCAGCUCUGACAUUGAGAACUGUACCUUUGGUGUCCAAUCAGCGGUGCCUCGUCUGAGUAGCACCGACAAACGGAUCGAUGAAGCUAUGGAGAGCAAGUUCACCAUUGAGCAGGCGGGCAAGCCUUCUGUAAAUUGCCACAUACAAACAGACUUGGCGAUACCGCCGUUUCUAGGCCUGAUACCAAAACUCUGGAUGCUUAGUCCUAGCGUUUGCGUCGAGUUGGAGAAAGCGAAAAUCGAGUUCACCAACUUUGCGCUUCCUACAAUAGGACAUUCAAUUUUCAUAACAGAGAAGGAUGUUGAAGGGCGCUUGACUGGCAAGAAGCGUACAGAGACUUGCUUCACAGGGGGACAUUGGGAAGCGAUCGGUGUCUCAGGGGAGAAAUGGUGGACGACUUACCGGUACCAGCUUGAAUCAUUCGUACGACAAGUCCGCGCAAAGGAGUCUGGUCAAGUAUAUGGAGGUCCCAACGUAGCUUUGUCUGAUGGCGUGAAGAUGAUGGAGCUGAUUGACUCUGUCUAUGACAAGGCAGGUCUACCUAAAAGAGGCAUCUAA